GAGACACAAUUUUAUUAUCGAAGUAGGUCAUCAUCGAAUAACAAUUUUUUAAUCACGCCGGCCCUAUAAAAACGAAAGGCUGUCUUGUCAUUCGCAUCAGUAUUCAUUCUUCCAUCUUCAAAACACUACCGGAACUCACUUCUGUUAAAAUGUACUUCAGCAGUGUGUUCUUGUUGCUACUAGGCUCCUAUGUCUGUUUGAUCAACGGUCUAGGCGGCAGUAGUAGCGAAGGUAACGAUUAUACGUGGGGUACUAAAUUAACAACUGAUACCCUGAUUGCACGCGAGGUCAUAACUAAAACAAAGAUGCUGCUGCAAACCACAACUAAAACAUAUACGCUGACCCAGGCGGGCACCGCCAAAACUAUAAGUUAUAUACACAUUACGGAUCUAAAACGCAUGCGCGGUGCAACUGCGGAGAUCACUUCUGGCGGUGUAGGUGACACGACAGUGACAAUCAAAUUUACUUCUUUAAGAGGAUCCGGAAUUAAAUCUCAAGUGGAAAUAUAUGGAGCAUGAUCGAAUUAUAAACUCUAUGGUAAAAUAUCUCACUAAUAGUUAUUUUUCCGCGAUGAUCUUACACAUUUUAAGUGUAUUGAGUAGAUUAGACAAGGCUUAGUUAGUUUAUUGUUCUAAUAAAAAAUAAAAAACAUAAAAAAAAAUGCUGAUAUUAUUAAGAAUACAUUUAAGAAGGACAUAUAAAUGUUAGGUGGAAUACUUUGCCAGCAAUAAACUGUAACAACUUUAACAUUUUAAUUUCUACCUACAUGCAUGUACAUAUGUACAGAAGUAUUAUUAUGUACAUAUACUCGUAUACUCGAUUGGUUGCACUUGGAAGAACUAUGUUGCGCAAUUUUGCAACGAUUUUACGUAGAUCAAUAUUGUUAUAUUGUUACUUACCAAUGACCAAACCAUUCAGCAAAAAAUAUUACAAAAUCGGAUCAUUUUAUUCACUAUAUCAUUAUAUAUCUUUAAGACUUCGAAUUGAGAAAUACUUGACAAAAAAAGUUGUUUCUGAAGAACAUUUUCACAAACGCUAAAAAAUUCACUUUCAUAUAUUAGGAUUUCCCUUCAGGAGUAACGUUACGUUCGUACGACAAAUGUAACAAAUUAAUAAUAAAAAAGUCAAAUUUUAAAAAGAUGUAUUCCUAUUUGCAUAGUAAUUAUGUAAGUAAUUAAUUAAGUAUUCAGCAAAACAACAAUCAAAAGUACGGAUUCUAAGAUAAAAGCCUAAAUAUGACCUGACUCUACGCUACCAAAAAUAGAAGUGGUCUUUUAGCUUAAGUUUCCAAAACGCCAAACUGGGAAUAUUUAAUAUUUAUUUAUUGAGUGAUAUUUUUGCUGUCUAUUAAAUGUAAAAGUAUAAGAAAUAUUAUCUCUCUUAUAUUAUAAACAUAAUUAUAAAAAUAAUCAAGAAAAAAAAUAUUAUAUAUAAUUAAAUUAUAUGACAAUUGGCAGAAAUGUUCUUAUAUAGUAUGUACA